CGACAGCGCAACAAGUGGACCGCUGAGGAGACGGAGGAUCUGCUCAAAGGCGUCUCACGGUUUGGUGUCGGCAGCUGGACUAGGAUUUGGAACUGCUCAGACUAUCACUUCCACAACCGCACAGCACUAGACCUCAAGGAUCGCUUUCGCAUC